AUGGCGGCAUUCGAGAAGCACCUGCCGGGGGAGGCGGGUCCCUAUCAGCCCCUUCCACGCGGCGGCUGGGUGACGGGAGACGAGGCUGCUGCGCGGGGCAUCGACCUACGCAUGUUCUAUAGGACACCAGCCCCGGGGGAUGAGCACGGAUCUCUGGAGGGCGUGGUACGUCUCGGGGAUGGCGCCAGCAUCGGCAUCGGGUUCUGGGUGUCGGCCCAUGGCGGCGCGGUCGAGUCCGUGUUGGACGAGGCCACCGCUGAGCUGGCCAAGUGCGAAUUCACCCCCGUGCUGGCCACCGUCGAGGCGAACUUCCGGAUCAAAAAGGCGGUGCCCCUCCACACGACGCUGAGGGUGGAGUGCAGGGUGGUAAAGAUGCGUGGCAUUCGAUGCUGGGUGGAUGGCCGCCUGACCUCUCCAGAUCGCAGCGUGGUGUAUGCCGAGUGUGCCGCCCAGCUCGUCAACAUAAGCAGCUGGCUCUGA